AUGCUCCUGCUGUCGCCGCGCAGCGCGCUGCUCUCCGUGUACUGCCCGCAGCUCUUUCUCAUCCUGUCCAGCGGCAGCUACCUAGCGCUGUCAUCCGUCGUGGCCCUGGGAGCCAACAUCAUCUGCAACAAGAUUCCCGGCCUGGCCCCGCGGCAGCGCGCCAUCUGUCAGAGCCGGCCCGAUGCCAUCAUCGUGAUUGGGGAGGGGGCGCAGAUGGGCAUCAACGAGUGCCAGUACCAGUUCCGCUUCGGGCGCUGGAACUGCUCCGCCCUCGGCGAGAAGACCGUCUUCGGCCAAGAGCUCCGAGUAGGGAGCCGUGAGGCCGCCUUCACCUACGCCAUCACCGCGGCCGGCGUGGCCCACGCCGUCACCGCCGCCUGCAGCCAGGGCAACCUCAGCAACUGCGGCUGCGACCGCGAGAAGCAGGGCUACUACAACCAGGCCGAGGGCUGGAAGUGGGGCGGCUGCUCCGCCGACGUGCGCUAUGGCAUCGACUUCUCCCGGCGCUUCGUGGACGCCCGCGAGAUCAAGAAAAACGCCCGGCGCCUCAUGAACCUGCACAACAACGAGGCGGGCAGGAAGGUCCUGGAGGAGCGCAUGAAGCUGGAGUGCAAGUGCCACGGCGUGUCAGGCUCCUGCACCACCAAGACGUGCUGGACCACGCUGCCCAAGUUCCGCGAGGUGGGCCACCUGCUGAAGGAGAAGUACAACGUGGCCGUGCAGGUCGAGGUGGUGCGCGCCAGCCGCCUGCGCCAGCCCACCUUCCUGCGCAUCAAGCAGCUGCGCAGCUACCAGAAGCCCAUGGAGACGGACCUGGUGUACAUCGAGAAGUCCCCCAACUACUGCGAGGAGGACGCGGCCACGGGCAGCGUGGGCACGCAGGGCCGCCUGUGCAACCGCACGUCGCCCGGCGCGGACGGCUGCGACACCAUGUGCUGCGGCCGCGGCUACAACACCCACCAGUACACCAAGGUCUGGCAGUGCAACUGCAAGUUCCACUGGUGCUGCUUCGUCAAGUGCAACACGUGCAGCGAGCGCACCGAGGUCUUCACCUGCAAGUGA